UCAUGAGAACUCACUGCAUUUUAAAAUUAGAAUCCCUCCUCUGAGUCCUUAAUGAAAAUGUUUUGCUUUUGUUGUUGCCGUGAAAUUCCCUUUUUCCAGGAACUUUUUUCCCCCACCAGUAUCUUUUGAAGAAUACAGUUUUGAAUCCUAUUUCUUGAGAAAUACUUUGUGACAUAAACUGACUUUGCAAAACAUAGGCUGUACUGCUUUGAUGAUGAUACAGGAAGGUGCACCAAUUGUUGAUAACAACUAUGGAUAGAUCUAUUGGACCCAACAGACUUGCAAAGGCAGAAAAAAGAGAAUCUGUUUGGAGAGUGCCUUUGGGUGAUGGACUCACUGAGGGUCUAGGUGAAGACAGCAAAAUGAAAGUGAAUAACACCUUGGCAAAAGCACUGUAUGACAACAAAGCUGAGUGUCCAGAUGAACUUGCCUUUCGCCGAGGAGACAUCCUGACGGUUCUUGAGCAGAAUCUCCUUGGGAGCGAGGGUUGGUGGAAAUGUUCCCUUCAUGGAAAGCAAGGCUUGGCACCAGCAAAUCGCCUCCAGCUUCUCACCCCUUCACAGGCCUCUCCAUCCAGUCAGCAUGACUCACCAGGACCAACCAAUCCAUGGACUACCUACCAGGUUCCCUCAGUACAUAGGUUUCCUGCGCCGUUACCUGUGUAUGAAAAAAUGGACAGGUGGAUCACACCUCCUCCUCCUCCCCUUUCUUCCUCUGCUCCUUCCCCACUGACACAGGAAGUGUACCAAAUGCCGGCAUUGGCUGCCAGACUCCUCAGUGAAAAGACCCAAAGUUCAUCAAAUCAGUACCUCUUCACUCUUCCCAGAGCAACCUGGGCAUCAGCGCUGGAGAGGAAAAGUGAUAUAUAUGAUGUUCCAUCACCACAGCAUCGUGUAUCCUUAUUCACUCAGGGUCUUGCCACUCCACCCUCUUCCAGAAAGGGCUCCAAACUAUUCCCCUUCACAGAAUGUUACCUGGAAAAGGCGCAGCAGCUUUACGACAUCCCGCCGAGCCCAGAAAAGGCACAAACUCACAUGCGGCAAGAGUCUUCAGUAGGCAAUGUGUAUGUUAUCCCCACAUCAGUUUCAAGAGAACAUGACACUGUUAUAGAAAGAGGGCUUCUAGGAAAACCUCUGGGUCCUUACAAUACCUUACCAAACCUUCGGAAAUCAGAAUGGAUCUAUGAUGUACCUGUGUCGCCUGAAAAAGCAGGGUUAAAACAAACUCCUCAGAAUCGUUCCCCAAAUAUGCAGGUGCUUUAUGAUGUACCACCAGCAAGGUUUGAUUCCAGUAUGCAGAAAAUUCAAGCGAUAAACACUGAAGGCAAACUGGGGACUCUGGAAGUAUAUGAUGUUCCACCUGUACAAAGGAAAUUAACUCUUCCAGAGAUUCCCCUUUAUGAUGUACCAUCCACACAUGAUGUCUUAGUGCAGCGUCAAAAUGGUAACUAUGAUGUUCCUUCAGGUGCUCUGUCCUCCAUGACUGAAAAGGAGAACUAUCAACACACUCUUUAUGAUAUUCCAAAAGGAAUGCCUCUUGCUUUGUCACAAAAGAAAGAAAACGUAUAUAGCUCUGGAGAAAGCACAUAUGUUUUUCCUCUACCAUUGUCCACAGAUGGCAAACAGGACCAAGACAGAUUAUCUGUUUCCAGUGUAGACAGCAGGACCAGCACUAUAUCAACAUUGUCAAGUUCUUCUACUGAGUCCUCUUCAUCUGUAGCAUCCUCAUCUGCUCCUUCAUCUUCAGAAGAACCCGCUAAAGAAACAACCAUGGAACUUGAGUUGGCCAUAGAAACUUUGACUAAGCUCCAGCAUAGUGUGUCUAGUUCAAUUGCAAGUCUAAUGAUCUUUGUGAGCAGCAGGUGGAGGUACCAAGAGCAUCUAGAGGGAAACAUUGAGGAAAUACAUCGAGCAAUUGAUCACAUAAAAGUAUCUUUGGGAGAAUUCUUGGACUUUGCUCAAGCAAUCGAAGGAAACUCUGCUCAGGCCUCUGACAUUAAACUUCAGGCAAGAAUUAAAAAACAGCUAAGUAUUCUCACAGACUCAUUUCAGAUGCUGGUGGAAACGAGAGAUGCACUGAACAACUGCAAAUGGUCACUCGAUCUUCUAGUCAUUAAGAAACCUCAAAAUAACCCAGACGAUCUGGAUCGGUUUGUUAUGGUGGCUCGCACCAUUCCAGAUGACAUCAAGAGAUUCAUAUCUAUCAUCAUAGCUAACGCAAAGCUACUUUUCAGAAAGGACUGCAAAGAGAAAGAAGGCAAAGGGAGAAGAGUUGGUGCAGAGCAUGAAAUAGCUAAGUCCAGACUCGAACAUCAAGUAGAUUCUCUUUUAAGAAAUAUUUUGGAUAAGCCAAAAGAAAAUAUCCCAUAUUUGGAGAGAGCAAGAGCUGACAUCACUGAAGAUUGUGAUUAUAUUCAGAUACAGAAAUCACUGGGACUGGGACAGGUGCAACAAUCUCUUUCAUCUAGCAAGGUGGAGAAGAAUGCUGAGUUAGAAAUAAAGGAUUCUCCAUGUAUGAUGAGACAUAACAUUUUGAGCAAGAAGGAUCCAGCCAAGAAAAUGGUGCUCUCUGAUCUCUGCAUACUGUAUUUUGGCGCUGUUCAGAAGGCCAUUGAUGUUUUCCACAAAAAGCUUAGCAAUGAUCAGGCACCUGAAGGUUUCAUAGGCAACAGCAAAAUGAUCAUCAUGGUGGGCCAAAAGUUGGUGGACGCCUUAUGUCAGGAAGCCCUUAAGAAGGGCAAUCGAAAUGAGAUUUUGUGUGGCAGCAGCAACUUUUGUGGCUUGCUAAAGAACUUGGCAGUUGCCACUAAAAAUGCUGCAGUGCAAUAUCCAAGCCCUGAAGCAAUGAAGGAACUUCAGGAUCAAGCUCAUGGAUUGUCUAAGUAUAUGCAGCAGUUCCGAGCAAUGAUGGAAUGAAGUGAUCAUUCUUCUAGGGUUCUGAGGAUACCUCAUGUUAGCAGGUCCCUAUACCCUAUUCAUGCAUUUGCUCAGGAAUCCUGUAUGAUCAAGGUUCCUGAAUGUGGGGAGGAUUGUAACUGCAUUCAGCCAAACACAUUUACAAUCCCCCUUCAGGAAGGUUGGGAGUGGAGGGAAUGGGGCUGCCAUCUGCAACCCCUCCACGAUACAAGUGACAAACAUCUGAACAGGGCUGACCUGAAGCUGAGUCUCAACAAGACAGAGGCUCUGUGGAUGAGUGGUUCCCAGAUCCGAGAAUUAAGCGAGUAGCCUGUUCUGGAAGGAUUGCAUUUUCCCUGAAAGAAUGGGUGCAUAGUUUGAGGGUGCUCCUGGAAACAUGAGUGUCAACCAGAUGCCCAAGUGGAAUCCCUUUACCAGUUUCAGCUGGUAUGCCAACUACAACUAUCCCUGAAUUGGGAUAUCUUGGCUACAGUGACCCAUGCAUUGAUAACCUCAAGAUUGGAUUACUGUCAUGUACUCUGGGUGGGGCAAUCUUUAGGCUUGGUUUGGAAGCUGCAGGUGGUGCAGAAUGUGGCAGCUAUGCUAUUUAGUUGAACACCUUAUUGCAUGCAUGUGACACCUCUCCUGAAGCAGAUGCACUGGUUGGCAGUAGUUUACAGAGAUCAGAUUAACGUUUUGUUAUUGACUUGGAAGACCCUAAACAACUUGGGACCAAUUAAUCUUAGAGAGUGCCUUCUCCCAUAUGAACCUGGCUGCUCACUAAGAUAUUCAGGGGAGCCGCUGCUGCUGGUGCCAUGGCCUGCAAUGGUCCGUCUUGUAACAAACAGAAAGAGGGUAUUCCAUAACCUGUGUAAUGGAAUAGUCUCCCCUCAGAAAUAAACCUUUUGUGGGUUAUGGUUCCACCGACAGUUAAAAACAUUUUUAUUCACAGAAGCAUUCACUGGCCAUUAAUGUUGGCUUAAAUGACCUCUGCUCAUUUGUUUUGUCAUGUAUUUAUGCAAUUUUAUGUAAUUUUAUUGUAAUUUUAUCAUUGUACACUGCUUUGGUACCCUUUAAGUGAAAAGUGGUAUAUAAAUCUUUUA